UGUAAUACAGAAAUAUGUGACAAAUGGGUUCCUGUUUGAGUAUACGUUACGUAAAUCAGAAAUGUUUUUGUGAGCAAUUCCCAUCCUCAAAGUCUCUUUAUAUGCUGCGUGUGCCUGUGCCCUCCAAUUUCAAAACUCCCCGCAAAGAGAGUCUUGAAAGGAGCAAGAAGCAAGGUUUAAUUCUUCAUGUUUAGCCAUGGAUCAAGAGCUUCAAGCAGAAUCACUGAUGAUGAGCUCAAUGCUCUCAUCUUAAAACUACAAACAUUGCUGCCACAGCUGAAUCAAGGCCGCAAUGCCAGGGUAUCAGCAACAAAGGUUUUGAACGAAACAUGCAGUUAUAUCAGAAGACUACAGAAAGAGGUAGAUGAUUUGAGCGAAAGACUAUCUCAACGUCCAGGUUCCAUGGAUAUAACUAGUUUUGAUGCAGAGAUUCUUAGAAAUUUGCUGCAGCAGUAA